CACUAAAAAAAUCUCAACACUUUUCCCCACACACACACCGAGAGAAACGCAAGAUUCCAUGGGAUUGAAGCUUUCUUGCUGCAUCCAGCGAGGCAGCCUCUCGCGGCAGGUGCACCUGCCGGCGCCAGCCAGGGUCAUCGCCGCCGACGGCUCGCUGAAGGAGCUACCGAUGUCCCCCCUCGUCGCUGUCUCCGACGUGCUCGGCCUCAGCGGCGACGCGGCGUCGUCGUUCUUCGUGUGCAACUCCGACGCGCUCUACUUCAACAUGCACCCGCCAGCGCUGGCCCCCGGCGAGCUACUCCGGCCGGGGCAAAUAUACUUCGUGCUCCGAGCGGCCAUGCUCGGGCGGCCGCUGUCAAGCGCUGUCAUGGCCGCGCUGGCCGUCCGCGCGAGCACCGCGCUCGCGUCCAGCAACAAGAUGCAGCGGCGAGUGCGGCGCCCCGGCGGCAACAAGAAGGGUCGUGUCAUGCUCAUGCCGGUGCUGGAGGACAACGGGGACGUCGACUUCUUCAACGAGAAGCUCAACGAGCAGACGCUAGGGGAGUUCAGGCUGUUGCUCAGCCCGGCCAAGAGCAACGAGAAGCUCGCUGCGGCAGCGGCGCGAUCGCGGCUGAAGUGCGUGCUGAGCAACAUUCAAGAGGAUGCCGAGUGAAGCAAUAGGCUGUAGCCUCUUUUUUUCUUUUUUCUUUUUGAGGGAAAUAUUUUUUUUCUUUUAGACUCACUUUUUGUUCUUUUCGGAGACCAUUUUUGGUUUAGUAGA